UGACCGUCGUGCAAGAGAUUGAAAACUUGUGCGUUGUGAAAUCGAAAGUACAUCGCGAAAAUAGGACAUAACGAUAUACACACUAUAAAUAACGCAAGUAGAUUGAUGAUUUUAUGUAAUAUAUAUACAAUUGAAUACGCAUGCACAAUUUGCAUUUGGGUUUACCACGUGACGAUGAUGAUCAGUCUACUGGCGUUAUUUAUAGUUAACUUGUAGUUAUAUACCUAGUACCUGUACCCAGUAAAAUUUAUUACCGAAUAAACUGAUAAUAUGAUGACUUAAAAACUUUUUUCAAGUAAUGUCAUAUACCAGUCGUGAUAUUUUAAUCAAUAUAAACUAAUAAUUGUAAAAAAAACGGUAUUUUAGAACUUUUCAUUUUUUGGUCAUUCGUGGUUGACGGAAGUAAAUUCACACGUAUCGAACCGAUCUCUUUUACGACCGUUUCAUUCCAUUAUAUGCGAGAGCAUGGGACGACAACUCUCGUGGAGAUUGGUAUUGAACAUGUUUUAAUAGUCUGGAAUGUACCUAUAUCAUUUAGACUGUUGAUAAACCAUUGAUAGAUAUGUUACAUAGUUGCUGUUCUACAUGUUUCAAACGGUCUGGACUAUACCGUGAAAGGUAUUUUAUUGCCAAUUUGUGGAAAAUUUGAAAUCGAAAGUUCAUUUUAUUUUGAAUUGUUAUAACAUAGAAGUUAAAAUACAAAUAGUUGAGGCGGAUAUUGAUCUUUUCUUAAUUAAAGAUAGGUACUCGUAGCAUGGCGACCCAUGCGGAUGUGUGCGGAUUUUGUUUCAUAAAGCCCGUAUUUGGAUUUUGUGAGAACUGUAGUCUACGACUUUGUGACACUUGCUUUACUGUCCAUACGAAAGCAUCCGGUCAUAUUACCUUCUCGUUGGAUAAAACACUUUCAGAUACCGUAGCAACAGUUGUCCGAAAAUCGGACAUCCACGAGCAAAAAUGCUCAUCACAUACCACCGAAAACGUUUCCUUUUAUUGUGAAAUCCAUGAUACACCUAUUUGUGGGCGCUGUAUGCGGUUGAACCACUCAUCUUGCCUCAAAAGUGUGAUAGACCUUCAUGAUAUAUCAUUUAAUGAACAACAGACAAACGAACGUCUUUCACAUUUUGACGAAUUAAAGGAAGAGAUCCAAGUGAUAGAAGAAAGUGUCACGGAAAACAUCAAAACAGUAGACGAUUUAAAAGAAACGUACAUGAAUGCAAUAAAGUCUUAUCGCAAGAGACUCGACGAUAGGCUGAACAUGUUGCAGUCAAAAAUAGAAAGUGCUGGAAAAAGUAAAUGCGACGCAAACGUCGAAAGACUGCAAAAUAUUGCAGACAAAUGUAAGGACACAUACGCCCGUAUUGACCAGAAACGAAAACUGAUUGAAGAAUUAUUAAGAAACAAUCAUGAGCGCAACCUAUUUAUAAUUUCAAAGGGACUAGAUAAAGAAAUAACGGAAAUAAAAGAAGUUGUAAGACAAGCAAAGCUAGACAACCACGUCGUUCAAUUCGGUUUUGUGGAGAAUUCAUCACUGGACAGAACACUGCUAAAUGACAUUCACGAGUUUGGAACGCUUCAAGAGACUUGUGAUGGAAGUGAAAUGGAACCUGAAACAACACUUGAAGUAGAGAACAAUGUGCAAGAAUCGAAGAAAAUGGCGGAGGGUGAACAGUCGGUGAUACCAAACAUAGAAGAACAGAAGGAUUUUGUUGCGACUCAAUUAGAUAGGCAACUUAUCAAAGGGGAAAUAUGGUACAUGUUAGAUGUCAAAUGGUACAAACAAUGGAAGAGCUAUGUUGGCUUUGAAACAAGGGAUCACUUCAACGUUGGGGAAGACAGUGCAAAUCCAGGACACAUAGACAACUCUCCUUUGUUUGAAGAUGAUGCGAAUACAAAGUUAAAGGAGCACCUGAUAGAUACUCUUGACUACAUCCUCAUACCAGCUGAAGGAUGGGACAGACUUCUCACAUGGUAUUCCAUGGCAGAGGGACAGGAACCUCUGCCUCGCAAGGUGAUAGAGGAGGGUGUGUACAGCAAGGCCCGGAAGGUGGAGGUGUAUCCAUGGCACCUGAAAGUGGCUGAGAACUCAACACCCGACAACACUGUGCUCAUGCAGUUCAGCCGCGUUGAUACUAUAGAGCAAUUGGAAGUGGCGAUGAGGCGUGAGUUCAACAUCAACAAGGGCAAGGAGGUCCGUCUGUGGAACAGGUACAUGACCAACAUGUAUGAGCCACUGGACAAGAAGGAGACUACUCUACAGGACGCGUACCUCUACUCAGGCCAGAUUGUCGUCAUAGAGCAGAAAAACGACGACGGUACCUGGCCGAGGGCAAAACCUGUGCCAGUGAACAAAAACACAUUUACCAGCUCAAGUUCAAAUAGUUCUUCUAAACCUUCAUCAUAAGGAGCUUAGUAAAACAACAGAUAAGUCCAGUUUUGAAAGAUUACAUUAUGUACAUUGUUUUAUCAGAAAGUAACCAUAAAUUUGUGUAUAUAUAUAUAUAAUAUGUCUUUAUUUUUUGUUGUCUGAUUUUGAGGUAUUUGGUUUGGUCCCUUAAAAACUAUGUUUACCGGUUCUUAAUUUAACUAGAAUUGUUCAAUGGAACAUCAACAUCUCUUUGACAAAACCAGAUAGAAACAUUUUCAACAAUUUAAAGUUUAUGCACACAAUCAUGAUACAGGAGAAAAUACGCUACCAGUUAUAUGUCCUAGGUAUUUUUUGGUAAAAAUGUUAUACCAUCUAAUUUUAAAUUAAAGGAUUUAUAUUGGAAUCUGCCUGUGCAUCUAUCUGUCUGCAGUUAUUGUUCCCUGUGAAAGGAAUUGUGAAUUUUAUUGUCCUUAGUUUAAAAUUACAGACGUUUUGUCCUUUUUUAAAUUUGGUUCUACUUGGAAUUUCUGUAAAACUAUUUAGGUUAUUAUGAGCAAAAUUAUACUUCUAAACUAUUUAUGUUAUUAUAAGCAAAAUUAUUCUUCUCUGAAGCUACUACUACCAUACAAUUUAAUAAGGAAUGUAUCAUUAGCUCGACUUUUUGAAGCUAUACUACUCGCCCCGGCGUCGGCGUCGGCGUUGGUGAAAGUUUGUUAUUUACUCAAAUAACUUUAACAAUGUCAAAGAUAAUUAACUCAAACUUGGAAUACUUCUUUAUGGCAACAAGACAAUUGUGUAUGUCAAAUUGCAUAAAUCUGUCAGCAUUAUUUGUAGAGUUAUGCCUCUUUUUUUCCUUUUUUUAUGCCCCCGGUACCAGUUUAACUGUCCGUCAGUCUGUGCGUUCGUCCGCAAACUUUAACAUUGGUCAUAACUUUUGCAAUAUUGAAGAUAGCAACUUGAUAUUUAGCAUGCAUGUGUAUCUCAUGGAGAUGCACAUUUUUAGUGGUGAAAGGUUAAGGUCAAAGUAAUCCUUCAAGGUCAUAGGUCAAAUUUUGCAAUAUUGAAGAUAGCAACUCUAUAUUUGGCAUGCAUGCGUAUCUCAUGGAGCUGCACAUUUGGAGUGGUGAAAAGUCAAGGUCAUCCUUCAAGGUCAAAGGUCAAAGGUCAAAUUUUGCAAUAUUGAAGAUAGCCACUCAAUAUUUGGCAUGCAUGCGUAUUUUAUGGAGCUUCACAUUUUGCGUGGUGAAAGGUCAAGGUCAAUGUCAUCCUUCAAGGUCAAAGGUCAAAUAUAUUGCUUCAAAGCGGUGCAGUAGGGGACAUUGUGUUUCACGAACACAACUGUUACAACACUGACAUGACAUACCACAAUGGACUCCACCCAAACCAUCCCCUAGGUCCCACCCCAGAAU